AUGGCCACAUUUGAUCGCCCCCCGGCCAACGGCUUCGUGGCCGUAGUACGGAAAAUAUACAACCCCAUCGGUUUCUACAAGGGCUACAACUUCGUCCUCUGGGCUAUUUCCGCCGGCGCGCUGCUGGGUUUCUCUCUCGCCCGUCUGAUGUACCUCGAUAUCGAUAACAUCUUUUGCCCUGAAGACCAGCGUAAAGCCAAUGCUCUUCCGGGCGAGUGCUUCUACUACCAGUCUACUCGAGGUCGCGUUGGCAUUCUUCUUCACCUUGGCGCCAUCCUUCCUGCCUGUAUCCUCGCAUUCCUGCAGUUUGUGCCCGUUAUCCGCCACAAGCUUCUUCUCUUUCACCGCAUCAACGGCUACGUGGUCAUCCUUGACUCUUUUGCAGGCAUGGGCGGCGUUUUGAUGAUUGCGGAGCACAGCUUUGGCGGUAGCUUGAGCAUGCAGAUUGCAAUUGGGUUGGCUACCGUCAUCUUCGUCAGCUGCAAAUGCAUCGCUUUUUGGAACAUCAAGAGACUCCAGAUCGAGCAACACCGUGCUUGGAUGAUCCGAGCUUGGGUCAUUGCUGGCUUUAUUAUCACCAUGCGCUUAAUCGGCAUUAUUACGGCGAAGGUGCUUGUUGCUCUUGGCCCGGAGGGCUACUAUGAGGCUCGUCCCUGCUCUGUCAUUGACUUCAUGUUCUCUGGAAAUCAAACUUUGGUGGAAUCAGUCCACCUAGAUUGCGCGGCCUUCUAUUCGGGUGCCGAUCCAGACCGCCACGUCCUCGUCGAUGCUUUUGGCAGCAAUGGUUCCGGCAAAGUCGACCAGGUCGCCUCUGGGCUCAACCUCAGUUUUAGUGCCGCGGCCUGGCUUGCUGUCGCCAUCCAUGUCUUCGCCGCUGAGCUUUAUCUCCACCUCACUCCCGCUGAAGCCACCCGUCUGCGCCGUGUGUCCUAUCAGCGGCAGCUCGAGGCGGGCAUGCGUCGGCCGGGGAAUGCAGGUCUGACCGCCGAGAGGCUUGGCGACGCAGACCCUUUUUUGGUGCCAGAAUCGUCGCAGGAGAAGAUUGUCUCUGAGAUUGUGACCCAGAGGUAGGCCAGAAACGGAU